GCCAUUCCCAAAGCAGCCCUUCACAAUAGCUGUGGUUAUGUGUACGCUGAGCUGCAUCAACAAGUGCACCAAAACAGCUACCAAACAUGAAAGCCCUUGUGCGGAAAACAGCGUUAAGGGAAAUGUUCUUCAACACAGCUCCCCCGCAUCUGCUGCAUAUAGGAGCGUGAUGUGGUGGACGUGUUCUACUUUCAAACGCACGUAACAAAGAGGGACAAUGCCGAAGUCGAAGCUAAAGCAACUGAAGCAUGAGCUGGAGGCCGCGGAGAAGGACGUGCAAUUCAAGGAGACGCAGCUGUCCGACUUGAAGGAGCAGGUCUCACGAGCGCGGCUGCGUGUGGAGGAGCUGGAGGGGGAGGUGCAGGGCAAUGUUGCUCUGGAAGAUGAUGUGCAAGCUCUGUUGUACCAUCAGCAACAGACGGCGGCGGCGUUCAAGGACUAUGAGAACCGCGUGUUGGCGCUGGAGCUCCAAGGGCUGGUGGAGCGAUGGCGGGCCAUGGACGUGGAGGAGCUCGCUCAGCAGAAUCACGAGCUUCGGGAGGAGUGCAUGCGGCUGCACCGGGAGAACAUGGAGCUCAGCAGGUCUGUGGCGGAGGGCAGCCUGCACGCGCGCCGCGACCUUGCCAAGAUUGAGCUGGCGCUGGAGAUGACGGUGAAGGAGAAGAUGCAGGAGAUGCACGCCAAGCUGCGUCGUGAGCUGUACGACGAGAUGGAUGACAAAACCAAAGUCAUGGUGCACAACCACGGCGCGCUGCAGGACCACAUGCAGCUGCUGGCGGGCCAGGCCGCCACGCUGGACAGGCAGUACCGCGCGCUGCAGGCGGACCGGGCGCGGUACAAGGUGGACGCGGACGUGGCGGCCAGCCUGGGCGAGCAGCAGGCGGCGCAGAGCGUGGAGCUCAGGCGGCAGCUGAAGCAGGCCUACACGGCCAUUGAGCUGCUGCGCCGCAAGCUGGCGGAGAGCGAGGCGCGCGCCGAGGCGGCGUGGGACGAGGCCAUGCGCGCGGGCUCUCGCGCGGCGGCGGCCGCGGCGCGCGCAGCGUCAGCGGCGGCGGCGGGACAGCACAGCGGUGCCGGCGGCGGCGGGACGGGGCUGGAGGGCGAUGGCGACAGCGCUUACGGCAUGGCGGGCGGCGAGGGCGCGGAGGUGGCGGCGCUGGAGGUGCAGCUGCGCCACGGGCGGCAGCGCUUCGAGCGCAUGCGGCUGCAACGCGACCGCUGGCGUGAGCGCUCGCUGCUGUACGAGCGCGCCUGCGCGCAGCUGCAGGCGGCGCUGCAGACGCUGCAGGACCAGGCGCGGCUCAGCCUGCCCGGCGGCGUCAAGCAAGACCUGGACGCCAUCUGGUGCGCCGCCAAGGCCUCGCCGGACCCAGAGACCGGGCUGGUGGCGGGCGCGGGGGCAGGCGCGGGAGCGGGGGCGAUGUCGCCGGCCGCUUCGCGGCCGGGCACGGCUCGGUCGGGGCACAGCGGCAGCCCGCGCGUGGGUGGAAGCGGCGACUGGGGUGCGGCGGUGGCGGCGGCGGGAGGGAGGGCCUGGGCGGUGGGCGGCGGCGCGGCGGCAGCGGGCGCGGCGCGCAUGCGGGCCUCCUCGGCGCGGCCGGCGGCGGUGACGGCGGCGGGGCCAGGGCCUGCGCAUGGCGCGGGUGUGGGCGUCAGCCUGGGGGGACUGCCGGCGCGGCCGCAGACGGCGGUAGACCCGACCACGGUGGCUCGGCGGGCGGCGGAACAGAUACGGCGGUCUGUCAACGCGCCGCCGGCGUCCCGGCCCGCGUCCGCCUUCCCCGGCCAGGGGCAAGGGAACGGCGCGACGGGGCGGGGCGCCGGCGCCAGCCGUGAGGCCUAUGAGGAGGAGCUGGUUUAUGAGGAGGGGGUGGAGGAGGACGACGACGAGCCGCUGGAGCCGCCCGGGGCCACCGCGGCGGCAGCGGCGGCGGCAGCGGCGGCAGCGGCGGCGGGGUCUGCUGGUGGCGGCGGCGGCGUUGACGGCCGGAGCGUGUCGCCGCCGGGGCGUGUGCCGGUGUCUCGCCUGUACAGUGAGGCGGUGGAGCCUUUGAAGACGGCGUGGCAGCCCGGCUACCAGCCUGUUGCCGGCCUGCGGCCCCUGAGCCCGCCCGCCCGCGGCCCGCCCGCCUUCGGCACCAGCACCACCCUCAUCACCAGCACCAGCGGCGUGGGCGCCUUUGCCGCAGGCACCCUAAGCUCCAUGGGGCUGCCCGCCCGCACCCCCGGCUCCGUGCGGCCGCACUCCGCGCUGCCUGCCGGCUCCCGGGCCGAGCCGCAGGCCCCGCCGCAGCCCAGGUGGGCGCCGGGCCGGUCGCUGACGGGGCUGACGUCGUCAUCAGCGCCGGCAGCCGACGCCGCGGCCGCCGGGGCCGCGGCGCCAGGGCCCGAGCCGUCGCUGCAAGCUUCUAUCCAGCAGCAGCAGCAGCAAGGUGGGGUGUAUGGCGCCAGUGGUGCUCACAGCCCGACCGCCAGCCCGCCGCGGCUGCGGCCGCCGCUAGGCAGCGCCGGCGAGGCGGUGGGGGCGGAGUGGCAGGCGUGGCAGGACCAGCGCCAGCGGUCGCAGUCGCCGCAGUACGCUGAGAUCGCGCGAAACACCGGCGGCAACCUGCCAGGCAGCGUCGCCACCGCUGCCGCAAGCAGCGCUGCGCCAACUCUGUCGGCAGCGGCAGGCGUGGCAGGUGCCAGGCCACCAGCACCGCUGCCUCAGCAACAGCCGGCGGGCAGCUUAGGCCCGGGUGUGGUGCCGCCAGUCAGUGUGGGGGGCGGCGCCAUUUACACAGUGGCGCACGCCGCCAGUAAGGCCGUGGCGCCUGGGUUUGUUGAUGUGUCGGCGGCUGCUGGGGCUGGCGCGCUCACGGCAGGUGGGCUGCUGCCGCCCUCCGCCGCGGCGGCGGUCAGUGCCAGCCAGGCCGCGGCGGCGCAGUACCUGCAGACCUACGGCGGCGGCAGCCCAGCCUCCGCCAGCGUCGCCGCUGCCGUGGGCGCCGCCGGCAUCAGCGGCAGUAGCAGCAGCCGCGGCGCGCCUGCCGGCACGCCCGGCGGCCCGGGUGCGGCGCUGACCAACCCGUCCACCAUGCUGAGCGCGCUGCGCCGGCCGCCUAGUGCGGCCCAGAAGUUGUCGAGCGCGGAUGUGAUGUUUGCUGGGUCGCGCCCGAACUCGGCACGCAGCCAGUCCGGCUCUGCCGGUGCGAGUGCGCGGGGGCCUGCGGCGAGCCGCGGCAGCAGCCUGAGUGGGCUUGGCGGGAGCGGCUUGGUGCGGUGACGAGGAUGUGUGCCUGUUGCGGCUGUCUGGGCCGAAUGGUGGAGGCAACGGUGGAUGGGGGUUAGCAGGGUAGGUUAAAACUCACAAGUGAGGCGUGUGCAGGAUGUGGUUGUGCCAGCACUCAUGUGUCAGUACUCAGUGGGCGGGAGCGAGUACACUUGCCAUGUCGCCUUGCAUACUUACAUUCUUGAAGCACGCACUGUCAUUGUUGGACUGGGCCAUGGCGUAGCUGCCGGUGCGCGCCUGCUCAGCGCGGAUACGUUCUGGCUCACGGAUAACUUCACCUUGAAGGCUCUCCGAACGUGCUCGGACCAUGUGAGCAUCAAAUUGCGCCGGUCUGGGAGAGCGUGUGAUGACGCGGGGAUGUUGUGUGGUGAGAGGCACUGGGAUGGUGAGCUUGCCGCGGACUCCGGACAACAAGAGUAGCUGUAAGAAACGCUCUUCUAGUACCAAUGUAACAGGAAUGUCUA